UUCAACACCCUCACCGUCGCGUCCGCAGUCACGCCGUCGCUCAUCGAGACCUACUUCUCUCACUACCUCAAUCGCAAACCCCUCAAGCAGAAGCCGACCGCCCACAUCUCCUACCAUGAGGGUCUGCGAUUGAUUCGCCAAUUCCUCGACUACAGCUCCAAGCACACCAUAGAAGACCUGCAGGCCUUCACAGCGCAAUCGGUGCCCGUUCCAACCUGGGUGAGAACGCAGGAUGUGGAAAUCCCGCCUCAGUUCCUCACUCGAAGUGCCAAUGUCUUGCAGAAACAACUCGGUCCUCAAGGAAUCGAGAAAGUCGGAGGCGAGAAGUGGUGGCAGUGGCGCCGACCUGAGAGUCCGCUCCAUGCAGAAUGGAUUGAGAUGAAGAAGCAUCAUAAUGAGAGGAAACGGGCAGGCACGAGAUGCGACCGAGUCAUUCUCUACGUGCAUGGCGGAGCAUAUUACUUUGGCUCUGUGGACGAGCACCGAUACCAAAUGCAGCGACAUGCUCGGAAACUGAAGGCACGCGUGCUUGCUCCACGAUACAGAUUGGCACCACAAUUUCCUUUCCCUUGUGGCCUGCAUGACUGCAUCGCUACCUAUUUCUAUUUGCUGGAGCACUUCGAGCCAAAUCAGGUCUUGAUCGCGGGAGACAGUGCUGGAGGCGGCAUGGUCCUUGCUAUGCUAGUCACCCUUCGAGAUCAAGGCUGCCCGCUUCCCGCAGGCACUAUACUCUUGUCGCCUUGGGUCGAUCUCACCCAUUCAUUUCCAAGCACAUCUGGCGAUGGUGUAGGGGAUUAUAUUCCACCUUGUGGCUUUCACCACAAACCAAGCAUGGCGUGGCCACCUCCUCCGGUCAGCGAUGAAGAGCCGAAGAAAGCGGAGCGCAAAUUCACGCAGCCAGUCGAGCAGCCAUUUGACGACAGGAAGAAGGCCGAGCCAAUUCCAGCUAUACCCGGCAGCUCGCUUCGCCUCGAGCUCGCUAUUGAUGACAAGCUUGUGAUCAUUCGAGAGCAGAUCCAGAUGUACGCGAGAAAUGAUCUCUUGACACAUCCGUUAGUGUCAGCGGUACAGCAGCCUUCGUUGGGAGGCUUGCCUCCGAUGCUGAUUCAAGUCGGAGGCGCAGAGCUCCUGAGAGACGAGCAGAUCUAUCUGGCCCACAAGGCAGCAAACCCCACGGCAUAUCCUCCCAGCCAUGUCAUUCUGGACGUAUACGACCCCGACCGAAGCGUUCUGAACUUAUACCCGCCUACAGAUGUGCAAUUACAAGUGUGGGAAGAUCUCUGCCACGUACCACAUACGCUCUCUUUCACCCGGCCGGCCAAAUAUAUGUACCGAGCAGUAGCACAAUUCGGCGCCUGGGCAUUGGCACGGGCUCAGCAUAAAUCCAUCGAAAUUCUCGACGAUGAUGCAAUUUCUGUGAUCAGCGAAGGUGAGGAUGCGGAUGAGUUCAAGGAGCAGAAUGGUAACACUGCGUCAUUUGGUAGCAUUGGUGAUGAAGGUGUUACCUCGACACAGUUCAAGCUGACCUCCACGGGAGCCGUUGGUAAAGCAGGCGAUGAAUUACCUCCAUUCAAGGACCACAUGAUCCGACAACGAGUCAAUCGCCACGGCACCAUUUUUCCUCUGCCGCGUCAAUCGGAUAUCAAGUGUCUACACCUGGAUCCCAACACUAUUGGUGCCAUCAAACCAGGACCAGUACGAAAAUGGCUAGCUAAAAGAGCAGAGAACGAGCAAAAGUUUGCCAGUGAAUACAAGAAGAUUGUCAAAAAGAAGAUAAAGGAGCAGAAAGAUUGGGAUAGGGUGCAAGCAGGCGAGAAUCCACCUCCUACAGCACUUAUCAACAGGAGGCAAGCUGGUGUUGCGCCAGAGCAAAAGAAGAAGGGCAAGUCAUGGGGUCUGGCAAUGUGGAGUGGAUGGGGCAGCUCUCACGACGAAAGCACAAUACAUCGAGAGGAGAAGGCGGUCGAAGAAAGAGAG